UUUUUCAGGUAUGGCCGCGUGCAAAGCGUCAAGCUGCUGCCAGCCAGAGGCGGCCCUGGCGGCGGCGAGGAGAAAGCGUCGGGGAGCGAGAUCGCGAUGGCGUGCACGGUGGCGUUCAUGGACAUCAAAAGUGCUGCGAAGGCGCACAACGCCGAGCUGCAGAUAGACGACCGACGGCUCGACACCGAGUACUACGAGCCCGCCGCCAUUCCGUCCGCCGCCGCCGCCGCCGCUGCCGUCGCUGCGCCGCAGAACGCGACCGCGACGCCCGCCCUGUAUUCUACCUCGCCGGCGGGGGCCAACCGGUUCCCCAACGGACACGGGUCCACUUCCGAGGAACACGGCACCGCCUCCUCGUUCUCGGACCGCUUCUACGACCGCCCGGCCGCCGCGUCGCGCCUCGCCGCUCCCCCCUCCGUCGCCGCCGCCCCGGCCAUCCCUUCUUCAGCCGCCCCCGCCGCCCACCACCACGACGGGACGGCGCGCGCGCCCCGCCUCCCUAGGGCCGCCCCCUUUCUCCGCAACGGGCCGUACGCGAGUUCGACGACGCCGCCGCCGCCGCCAGCGGGAGCGGCCGCCGCGACGGCGGGGACCGUCUCGGGCGGCCGGGCGGGCGUGGGGACGGUCGGUGCGGGGGCGGCAUCGGGGUCGGCGGGGGCGGCGGCAGCGGCAACGACAGCAACGGGGACGGUCGGCGGGGGUUGGGGGUACGAGUCGUCUUCGUCGUCCAGGUACAACAGCACCUCGAGUAAUAGUCAAGCAGAUACAGGGUAUAGCACAACACCAUCCGAGACCAAUGAGAGGCGGAACUCGGAUCAAAGUUCAAAAAAGAAAACGAAAUCGAGAUCGGGGUCCAGGUCUCCAUCGCCUUCUGGAAGUACAAUUAGUCGGUCUCCUUCCAGGUCGAGAUCUCGGAGCAGUAGCACCUCCUCCACCUCAACAACCUCCCGCGACACCGCCAGCUCCACGGCCGGCUCUCCCAAGUCCACACGUCGCCCCGCCCCCUCCGUCGCCCACGCCCACGCCAACCACCACCAUCAGCCGGUCGUCCACUCGGACGACCGGCGCCCUCUGGCGAUAUGCGUGCGCAACCUGCCCGUCCGGUCGUCCGACAGCUCGCUCAAGGACGGCCUCUUCCACGAGUACAAGAAGCACGGCAAGGUCACGUGGGUGAAGGUGGUGGGGAAAGAUGCCGAGCGGCACGCCAUCGUGUGCUUCAAGAAGCCCGAGGACGUCGAAAAAGCCUUGGAGGUGAGCUACGACAAGCUGUUCUUCGGCUGCAAGAUCGAGGUGGCGCCCUACCAAGGCUACGACGUCGACGACAACGACCAGCGGCCCUACGAGGCGGAGAUCGACGAGUACCAUCCCAAGGCCACGCGCACCCUCUUCAUCGGCAACCUGGAGAAGGACGUCACCGCCUCCGAGCUCAGGAAACACUUCGACCAGUUCGGCGAGAUCAUUGAGAUUGACAUCAAGAAGCAAGGGGCUGUGAGUUCGUACGCGUUCUGCCAGUACACUGACAUCGCGAGCGUGGUCAAGGCCAUCCGGCAGAUGGACGGCGAACACCUCGGCAACAACCGCAUCAAACUCGGCUUCGGCAAGUCGAUGCCGUACGCGAUCGUAUGGCUGGACGGCAUCGACGACAACGUAACCGAAAAGUACCUGAAGAUGCAGUUCGAGACGUUCGGCGCCGUUGCCAGAGUGUACAUCGACAGGGAGAAAGCUCAAGGUUUGGUGGUGUUCGAGCAGCUGGUAAGCGCGCAGGCGUCGGUGGGCAAGAUGCGCGGGUUCACGUUGAAGGGCAGCAAGAUGCAGGUGGACUUCGCGAGUCGUGAGUGCACAGAGGCGUUCUUCGAAAGGCUGGAGAGGCAGGGCGGCAUGGUGGAUAGGAGUAUUUUCGAGGAGAGGGGGAUCGGGACGAGGGGUUUCGAGGCGUCCAAUGUUUCCAGAUUUUCUAGCAGGUAUUGCGACUUCACCGCCACCGCCCGAGCUCGCACUUCGUCCUACAGCAGCCGCUCAAGCCUGACGCCCUCGAGCUGCCCGGCCUCCCUCCAGUCGCCCAGCGCAGCCUCCGCGGCCGCCCAGGGUUCGCUGACGCCGCGGGGCGGGUCGAGGUCGCGCCGCUUCGCCGAGUUCUACGACGCGGCGGGGGCGGGCGGGGUGGAGUACGAGGGCAGGCAUGCGCACUCGCGCGGGUACGACGAGUACAGCCAGGGGUCGGCGGCGUCGCACGAUGACGGGUACGAGCACGAGUACGAGUUCGUGCGGGAUGUUUCCAGCCCCAUCCACCUGGACCCCCUGGCCGACCCCGCGGCGCCGUUCGCGCCGCCUGACAUGAGGCACCUGCAAAAAGAGCGCCACCACCUGCUGGAACAACUAGAAGAAUGCCCGAGCUCCGGCGACGAGCUCAUCAGCCCGAAGAAGCGACUGAAACUCGACCUGCUCGACGGCGGCUUGGUGAGCGAGGUGGUCAUCGAGGCCAACCGGGACCACAGGAAGGUGAUGGAGGUGCGCCGUUUGUCCGACGUCAGCCUCAAGCACCACUCGUCGCGCCGCCCGUCCAUCGACUCGGGCAAGCAGCACCACGCCUACCUGCCCCACUCCGUGUGCAAGCGGCGCAAGACAGCGGGCAGCGACGGCGGCCGCCCGCCCGCCUACGACCACCGCUCGGGGUCGGAGAGCGCGGGCGGCUCCAGGCCGGGCACGCCGCUUUGCGAUGAAAGGCCGGAGCACUUCGGGCCGAGCGAACCACGGUGCCGGGCGAGCGGGAGGGAGCGGGAGGGGCCGUUGUCGCUGCCGCUGCCCCGGUUCGCCGCCCAGCUUAUCAACAGAGGCGUCGUCUCGGUGGCCGGCAUCAAAGGCCAAAAGGACCCGCUGGCCAGCCCACCGCCGGCCGUCACCAGCCCGCGCAUCGUCUCCAACCCGCGUCCACCUUCCCCCUCGCCGACGCCCGCUCCGCCGCCCGCCUCGCCGCCCCCGCGCCCCGCCAGCCUCAGUCCCUGCUCCAGCGACAGCGGGGACGCGCCGGCCGCCCCGCGCGCCCGCCCCGAGGGCCGCACGGCCGCCCUCGCCGCGCCGGCGGGCGGGCCUUCGCUCGAGGAACGCAUCCGGUCGCUGGACGAGCGGUACGAGCGGUGGUCAGGGUCGAGGGCGGGUAGCGUCGCGGCGGGAGACGCCUUGGCGCUGCUCGACGCCAGCUUGGAGAAGUUCCGGCAGCGGCACAAGAUCUUGGAUCUGGAUCUCAAGGAGGUGCAACCAUCGGAGAUCGUCAAGUCCGUGAUGGCGAAGCGGUCCGUCUUCGACGAGGACCUCAAGCGGUUGGAGACCGUCGGCGAGAAGUACGAGCCGAGGGAGUUCGCGCCGUUCGCGAAGACGUCGCUAGGCGCCCCGACGCCCAGUUUGUCGCCCGUGACGACGCCGCUGACAGUGCCGCCCGCGGUCAAAGUGCCGCCCGCAAUCGUGCAAGCGCCCAAGACGCCGACGGUGCUGUCGCCUAGAUCGAGCGGUACCAGCAUAUCAGCAGCCAAGGGCCUCCAGUACCCGUUUCCGACCCACCCGCCGAUCCUGAUGUCGCCGGUCCCGCCUCACCCGCAGACCCCGCCUGCAGUACCGGCCGGUACGACGACAGCGCCGCCGUCAACACCAACCACCGCGACCAUCAGUACAACCGCGUCGCGAAGCUCCGCCCCCCACGGUGAUAACAGACUGAAAUCGUGCGUGAGCGAACCGAAAAACUCUAGCAAAAUCAAUGUAAAUAAAAACACUGUAGUGUCUUCGAUGAAAUCUAGUGACAAGGUCAACGUGUCGAGCGCGAGUGAGAAGAUCCCGUGUCGCCGCGACUCUAACAGCAAUUCGCCGCGCGCAGACGUUAAAACGAGACGGAACAGUGACACCAGCGCCAGAAGGAUAGACGACGGCGAGAGCAGUGCGCCCAAAGAGCGGGCCCAGAGCGAGGAGAGGAAGAAAGAGCGGUUCGAGAAGAUCAAACAGGAGAACGAGAAGCUCGAAAGAGAGAAGUCCGAGAGGGAACGCAUCGAGAAGGAGCGGCUGGAAAACGAGAGACUGGAGAAAAUCAGGAUCGAAAAGGAACGGCUGGAGAAGGAGAGGCUGGAGAGAGAGAGUGAACUAGAGAAGCAGAGGUUGGAAAAAGAACGACUGGAGAAGGAGAGGUUGGAGAAAGAACGGCAGGAAAGAGAGCAUGCAGAAAAGGAAAAAGCCAGGCUGGAUAAGGAGCGAGCAGAUAGAGAAUGCUUGGAAAAGGCUCAAAAGGAAAAGGAGCGACUAGAGAAGGAAAAGCAAGAACUGGAGCGUUCCCAAAAGGAGAAACUCGAAAAAGAAAAGGAGAGGCUAGACAAAGAGCGGAAAGAAGCUGAAGAAAAGGAAAGGCGAGAACGCGAGGAUCAGCAAGAGAAAGACAAACAAGAAAGAGAAAGGAAAGAGCGGGAGCAGAAGGAGCGAGAUGAGAUAGCAAGAAGGGAGAGAGAUGAAAAAGAAAAAAGGGAGCAGGAAGAACGAGAUAGGAAGGAAAAAGAGUCACAGCAGAAAAUAGAAAGAGAGGAGGCCGAGAUGCUGCAGCAAGAGAAACCCGAGAGGCAAGAGUGGGAGCGUAAACGAGAGGAAGAUCGUACCAGACAUAAAGAUGACAAUCAAGAUCGAAGGAAAGAUGACCACAAGCAUCGAGAAACCCAUAGUGAUAGUAAACAUAGGGACAACAAUGUAGAUAAACACUUAAUUGAUAACAGGAACACCAAAGAAACUGGAAGCAGUAGUACGAGGGAUGCCUCGAUGGAGUCGCGGAGUAGCCAUCACGACAAAAGCAAAAGUCACACGGACAGAGAUAUUGAUAGGAGAAAAGAGAGUGUCAAGGAAAAUAGGGAUAACAAUGUGCACGAUAAACACAAAAGUAUUAGUGAGAGUAGUAACAAAAGCUUCGUGGAAAGUAGGCAUAUGUCCAUCGAUUUUGAUAAGAGUAAAUCUCACGAUAAGUCAGACUCUUCGAAGAGGAAGGAACGGAAUAACAGCUUACCUGCUAGUAUAGGUUCCAAACGCAGGCUGAGUUCGCACGAAAUAUCCGAGACUAUCGAAGACAACAAGAAGACGAAAUUGUGUUAUGAACACAAAAAGUUGUCGGAGAGACGAGACUCUAAGGACAGCAAUAGAUCAGAAGAACGUGUGAAAAGCAGCAAACACAAAAACAAUGUGAUCAAGUCCCAUGAAAAACAUAUUAGUUCGAGAGAUAGUGAGGAGAAGCGCAAGGAAAAGGAAGAGCGCCAUAGGAAACACAAACUAGAGAAACAAAAAUCCAAGAGUAAAAGUCGAGAAAAAGAUUCCCAUGAAUCGACAUCUACUCCUAAGAGUCCUCUCACUGACAAGGAUUUCUUGAACAGGUUAGACCUACGGCCAAACGAAGACAUUGAAAAACAUCAAAAGGAGAAGGAAAGCCGAGAAAAACGGAAAAACAACUCGUCUGAAGAUCAUGACAGGACAAAGAAGGACAGGCAACCUACUGAAAAGGAACACAUCUCUGAAAAACUAUCUAAAAGUCGAUUUGAAUCCACCGAAACGAAUUUCAAAACCGGUGAAGAAAAGAAAAAACGCGAACGCAUCCGAAAAUUUACCAACAGCUCCGACACCGACUCUGACGAACCAAAAAAGCAUUCGAUAUUCGACAUAGUCGAUGACGAACCAGCUUACAUCUCUAUGUACGAUAAAGUGAAAGCUAGAAGCUGCAAAAACAUGGCCAAAUUAGAAGAAGAGAAGCGCCAGGGAAAACUGAAGGCUAAAUUCACCCAGCUCAAACAAAGUCGAGCGAAAAGAGAAGAAAAGAAACGGUCCACUUCUUGGGACGAAGAUUCCGACUACGAUAAAGAUCCCUCAGAAAUGAAAAUCAAGAAAUCUUCCAAAAUGCUCAUCGACAGUACUGACGACGAAAGUUUAGACAGGAAAUCUAGGAAGAAGAAGGAAACCUAUUCCGACUCUGACUGUUCAGGUAUCCUGAAACAUGUGAAACAAGAACCUCUCGAUACCAGCGAUGAUGAAUCCAAGAUUAAGUGUAUGAUGAUCAAAGGACUGAAAUCUCGAAUAACCAGCGAUACUUCCGAAGAUGAAUAUAAAAAGAAGAAGUUACAAGUUAAAUCUGAAAUAUUUUCGGAUGUCGAUAAUUCGCAGAUGUUCGUAGACAACGAAGAAAAACGACAUGCUGCAAGUAUGAAAGACGAGUUGGAACGUUUGAUCAAAAAGGAAAGGCGAAAUAGUAAACAUCAAGAUUCAUUGACGGAAGUGAACGCACAAUUAUUCAACAACACUGAUCCUCUAGAAAUUAAAACUGAAAAGUACACACACGAUAACACUUCUGAUGAGGAAGCCCAUGAAAUUGCCAAAAAGGAAAGAUCAGAAAGAAGGGAAAAGAAACACAAGAAAAAGCAAAAGAAACAGAAACAUUCCAUCAGCAGCGAGGAAUCUGGCAAAGCUGAUAGUGUUUUAGAUUUGGCUUCGCCAGAAAACCUAGACAAAGACAAAACGAAACACGAGAAAAAGAAAGAACACAGCAGAAAAGAAAAACGACGGGACAAGACGAGAGAAGGUCGUGAUAAGCCCAAGAAAUCGAAGAAAAAUAAAUCCGAGAGCAAGUCCGAAGGUAAAAGGGAAGGCAAAAUGGAGAACAUAUUUGGUUCGUUGUCAGAAGACUCUGAAAACGGCGCCAAAGAUGUGGACCGAGAACAAAAACCAAACAUUGCCGUCGACGAUGACGGUCAGAACCAGAUGGCCUAUCACAGUGAUUCCGACAAAGAACACGAGCACAAAACCAAAGACAAGUCAGAAAAGGAUAGGGAAAGGGAAGAACAUCAUAGGAAAAGGAAAGAAAAGAAACGACGCGAGAAAGAGCGAAGACUUCAAGAAGCAGCUGCGGCGUCUUCAGCCGUUACGUCGGUAGAUGAGCCUAACGAAAACAGCAUGGAUUAUGCUGAUAUGGGCAAACAGCUCGAAGCAAACAUGAUGCAAGAUGAAAUCUUAGAUGUGUCACAAGAAACCAACAAAGAGGCUGACAUCUCCAAUUUCGAAAACCCUAGCAACCCCUUUAGCGUCACGGAAGCCGUUGACGAACCUGAUCACAAGAAAGAAAAAGAAGAAAGGCGAGAGGGCAAAGAAAAGAAAAAGAAAAGAAAGAAGAGUAAAGACGAGAAAAGUAAACACCAUCAUCAUGAAAAGCACCAUCAUCAUGAUAAAAACAAAAAUAAAUGUAGUGAAGAUAAAAUUAAAAAAGAUGUUUCAACAACUGAAGAAAUCAAGGUGGAACCUAGUGAGCCUUUACCGCCACCUACUCCACCACAAAACCCUAGUCUACCCACUAUCUUGGACGAAACUAGUCCCGUCGAUAAAUCUGCCCUGACUCCAGAUUAUUCCAUCUCGCCGAUGAAUCCCAUUAUCAGUCCUAUUCCGAGUACUCCUACCACUUCGAAAGAGAAGAAGCGUGAAAAGUUCCUGCCUGUGUUCGGCACCGAACUCGACGAGAAAAUACACGAAUCCGCUGUGAAAUCAAUAUCCGAAAUAUCCGAGUUCGAAACAGCAGUGAAAAAAGAAGACGCCACCAACGACGAGGAUUGUUUAUCUGAAAAAUCUGUGUCCUUGCCAGAAGAAAAACCGAGAGUCAUCAUAUCCCAAGAAGAGACAGAAGAUGCAGUCGCUGCCCUUCUAGGAGAAAGCUUCGGAGGCGUCAAACAAGAGGAGUUUUACAGCGACGAUGGCGCUGUCAACGAAGCUCCCGAACCACUGGUAGAAGAAAGUAACGUUCAAGACGACGAAGAAAUGAGACAAGCCGUCCAAAGUCUCAGCGCCACUGAUCUGGAUGUAAAACCAGACACGCCGCAAAGUGAACACGAGCUACAAAUUGAUACAGAUACUGAGGAGCAGGAUGACACGCCUGUCAAGUUUGAUCAACCGUCAAAGACUCCAGAGAAAGCAGCACCUGCAUUGGUACCUAAAACCCCCGACAUAACAUCGUACUUUCGCCGCGAUGAAGAACCUUCUGCAUUGUCACCUUUGGUUUUGAAGAAUCCGCCCAACAUCGGAAGUCCCCCAUCCCUUACACCAAUAAGGCCUCAAACUGUCAAACUUGUAGAAGUCAGGAAACCUUUGGAAUUGGAACAAAAUAGUCUUCCGCUUUUACCUGACCAGACACAAAGAACUGUCAUAACUCAGUCAUGGACAGCUGAGAAGAAACAAGAUACUCCUGUUCCAGUCAUCCAACCGACUGUCAUCAAGAUCGAAACUAAAAAAGUACCAGUACAAUCUCUCGUAGAGAUGCAGCAUCUGAAUAAACCUAUUAGCACUCCAUCUGCCAGGCCGUAUGUCACUCCGAUACUGAAGAUCACCGAGCAACAAUACCCACCUCUAAAACCCCUAAGCAAACCUGAUCAGCUGAGUGUAUCACCUGUUUUGGACCCCAACUCGAAACAACACGCGCUACCGAUUUCGCAGGCCUCUGCAAAAUCACCAAACGCUCCGCCUCAAAUGCAUAAUUUACCUGCUCGAUCUCCUGUUCAAAUUAACAAACCGGCAGUUUCAGAACAAGGAUUAUUGUCGCCCAAAUUACCACCCACCUUGAUUCACAACAGGCUGCCAAUAACGCCUGUUCUAGCUUCUAAGCCGAUGCAACCAACAACUGUCAAACUACCACAAUCGAAGGUAGUGAAUUCGUUGGAGCCUCCGAAAUUAGUUCCAGCCUCUGACCAUAGGUUACAAGAACGGCCACGAAUGGUCUACCAGAACGCUCCGCAAUUCACUAGUUUCCCUGCAAAUCAACCAAGAAUGGUAAUUCAAGGACACAUCAGACACUUACCUCCACAAGGACUUCUUGUUCCUACAAGACAGUUGACGCCGCAGAACUUUGGUUAUUUAGGCAAUAUUCCUCAUUCCAAUUAUGGUAUCUCUCCAAUCAUUAAAGAGAAUGUAACUGAAAACGUGACUGAAAGGAAUUCGAGUGAUGUUACUCUACCACAUAAUACAGGAGUUGUUGUUAGUACUGCAUCAUCUUUGGCACCAUCGAGAGUCAUGCUCAAUGUGCCACAACAUCUGUCUAUACAACCGUUGAUCAUUCCCAAAGAGACAUCUGGUUUACCACCAACUCCAGCAAUGGGAAGUCCAAAACAACCUCUGAACUCUCCAACUCCUAAGCACCCAUUCUCGCCCAACUCUAGGCAUCAAUUGAAUUCUCCAAGUCCGAAACCAGUCCCACCGCUUUGUCACAGCCCGAAUUUCUCAACAGCUUCUCCAAAUUCACCAAAAUCAAUAUCACAAGCGCCAAGUCCUCGUUUAGUUUCAAGCCCUCAGACUGUUUCGAGUCCUCGUUUAGUUUCAAGCCCUCAGACUGUUUCGAGUCCUCGUCCAGGGCCUGUGAGUCCAAUCACCAAGUCAGCUACAGAUCUAUUAGCAACCUGCUCUCAAAUCGAAGCACCUGUUCAGCCCAGUAUCAUUCAAGCCAUACCAAAACUGGAAAUUCCUACCUCGUUGAUGCAACCUUCCAAAACACCUGAACCACAACUAGUGGUCGCACCUGAGUUGAAAACUUCAAUACCAAGUCCUGUUAUCGUGCCAGUAUUGAAAGACGUUACUGAGGUCCAUAAAUCUGAGACUUCACCAAGAGUAGAAGAACAGCCUGUCAAACUUGCCAUUGAAAUGUUGACCGAUGAACUCAAUAUGGCUUUAGGGAAAUCUUCACCAGAUAUGAUAAAAGAUGAUAAACCAACCAAAGUGAACCCUGAAGAAAAGUCUGAAAAAGAAAAUCCUGCAGACAAAACAGAUAUUGUGGAAAAUAUUAGUGAGCUUGAGUCUCUGGAUUCCAAGCUGGUGGACACUAAGCUGACUGAUAACAAAGUGGUUGACACAAAGAUGGUUGAUAUCAAGCCAUUGGACACUGAACAAAAAUCACACAUUGAAAAAGAUGCAAUCACCAUUAUCAAAGACAUUGAGAAGUUUGAUGAGGAAAAGGCUGAUACAGAGAGCGUAGUGUCGGAUAUCAGCAAAGAAAGGCCUGGAAGUGCUGAUAUUCUCGCAAAAGAAGACCCUCUAGAUACCAAGGAAGACAGUGACUACUGGUCAGCCAAAGAAGUCAACAUUGACUCUGUCAUCAAAACGUUAUGUUCUGCAGAUGAACUCUCGGAUCACAGCAGUGAAAUCGGAAAAGACGAAUGGUUUGAUGACCACAAGAAUGAUGAAACUACUAAACCCGACAUUAUCUUGAAUGAUCUCACUCCCGAGAAAAAAGAACAACCACUUGUUGCAAGCAAGACUGAGGAAUCCGAGAAUCAAAUUAAAGCUGAUGUGGAACCUGAAGAGGUUGAGGAACCGAAGGAACAAAUAUCUCCUAUUCGUGCUAGUAGUCGAAACCGAGGUGCUAGAGGUGGCAGAGGAAGAGGCAAGGCUCGCGGAGGAAGCGUGGAUCGUGGAGGAAUACAAACCCGAAGAGGAAAGAUCAGCAAGGAACUGGCAGUCGCAAUUCCGCCUCCCAAUAAAAGAGGCAGAGGUGCGAGAGGCCGAAACGAAAGGAAAUCAGUCAAGUCUGAUUCUGAAGUUACUCCAACAGAUAUUUAUGAGUUCCGAGAUGAAUCUGACGAGGCGAAUAAAGAACGUCCUAGAUUGAUAUUGACUAUCAAGUCUCCAGCCGUGUCAAACUCUAACAACGCACUGACAACUGCGAUUGUCAAGGAAGUUACUAAAGAUGGCGCCAAGGAGAUUGGUAAGGAACAUAUCAAAGAUACUCCCACCAAAUCUGUAGAACCAAAGGAAGAAUUUACAACUCCUAUCAUCGCCACCAAUACCAGAAAAUCGAGGAGAUUACAAGAGAAAGACACCAAAAACACGGUGGAUGACACCAUUGAAGACGUUGUUAAAAAUACAGUACAAACUAGAUCUUCCUCGAAUCAAAGAAGGUCAACAAGACAGACGGUACCAAAACCUACUGCCGUACAAUCUGAAACACCCAGAAAGUCACCUAGAGGACGUAAACUUCGAAGAGGUUCAGAAGCCACAGAAAACUCGUCCUCAGAAGAAACAGCUAAAGAGGAUAUCAAACCAUCAAGCCCAGCCAUCAAAGAAAUCAAAGUAUCUGAGAAAAAUAAAGAAAUCGAAAAACCUGUGGAAGCUGUUCAUCCAGAAGAAGCAUCUAUCACUGAACCUGCUAAAGACAAACCGUUUGAAGGCUUGAAGGCAGCGAUGCUUCGUCGAAUCAAAGGAGAGCUGAGCAGCAUGAAUCCAGAAGAGCCCACCAAUUUGAUCGAUCCUGUAACAGGGGAACUCAUCCCUAUGAGAGAGAGUGAGGAAGGAAAAUAUGUGCCAUUGCCUGGUGAUUCCAAACGAGUGGAUCCAGUAACUAAAGAUGCAUCUCCACCACCUAUCGUCAAAGAGAUACCGAAACCACAGCCCACCGUGAUAGCACAACCUCAACAAGUCACCGUAGUGCAUCCACCGAAACCACAAAGCCUCAAGGCUCACGUACUGUCCUCGCAAGCAGCACAGGCAAUAGUCAGCCAUCAACAGCCGCCUCUUCAAACCAAGCCCACCGUCGUGGUACCGACCCAACCACAAAUGGUGGUGGUGUCCAAGCCCGGUAUACCGCCGUUGGUCAUUUCCAAAACCAUCCCAGCAGUGUCUGUACCGAAAACAGUGACACCUAUAAUGAUCAACAAAGCGGUGACAUCGAUAGUGGCCUCCAAGAUAUCAGCUCCUGUCGUCAUCACCAAACCGGUGACUCCCAUCAACCAACAUCUAACCGUGAACACGAACCUGAGCGUCGUCAGCUCGACCAGCUCCUCACCCAGACCUCUGGUCGUCUCGACCAUGAGCUCCAAGUCCAUGCCCAAGCAGCUAGUCAAGCCGCCGGCGAUGCUGCAGAAGCAACACUUGCAGGCCAGCAAACAACAGCAACAGCAGCUGGCUGCCAAAGGGCACUUGGUGUCUCCGAUGGUCAGCCAGGCGCAGAUGGUCAACACCCAAUUGGCCCACGUGAAGCAUCAGCCCCUCAUGAAGCAGCAGGUCAUCAUGGGGGCCAAAGGGCUGCACCAGCAGCAGAUCCUCAGCGGGGCGCCACUAAACAAGUCGCAGCCGCCCAUGGGCAGCCACGCGUUGAGGGUGAUCCAAGGCUUGCCGCCCAAGGUCAUGGAGGCGCCCAAGAUCGAGGUGACUAUGGCCAGCGUUAUGAUUGGUCAGCGGCCGAAGUUGUCGCCGCAGGGCGUCCAGCAGAGGCUGCUCGCGCAGACGGGAGUUCCCAUACCCGGAUACGAGGCCAGCUUGCUAGCGGAACGGAGUCUGCUCAAUCGUAGUCGGAGCCCACCGCCGGCGCAUCAAAAUUCUCCCUCACCAAAGGGCGAGGCUAUUGCUCACUUUCCACCUGGGCCUUUACGUCAACCUCCGGAUAUCAACCCAGCACAUUACAUGCAUCCGUCCCACGUACUGCAAUACCAACAAUAUCUUAGACAACAACAGUACCUCACUAGAUCCGGAGGAAUGGAGAAAGUGAAAGACGGACAAGAGGGCGAAGAGGCUCCUGUCACGUCGCCACCGUUGGAGCUGAGAAGACCCGGAUCGGCCGGCCACGCUCUGACCGGUAGAGGCGCUGCUGUACCUCAUAGUUUGCACUCGCCGCACGACAGAGCAACUGACUCGCCGCAAGUGGGCCAAGUGUACAACGUGCACGCCUCCCGUCUGCCCCCCUACCACCCGGGCCGCUACUACGAGCCCAGCGAGCCGCCCCCCGCUCACCGCCCGCUCACCAGCCACGCCUCCUUGGCCGCCCUAGGCAGCGACCGCGGCCUGCCCGCGCACCUGUCGCCUAUGGGCGGCGGCCUGCCGGACCGGCCGCCCCACGCUAUCGAACGGUCGGGCGGAUUGCCUGACCGACCGCCCCUGUCGAUCGAGCGGUCGGGCGGAUUGCCUGACCGGCCGCCCAUGUCGAUCGAGAGGUCGGGCGGCAUGCUCGGGGCGGCAGGGAACUUGAUGGGGGCGGUGGCGAGGCACGUGGGGGCGGACGCGCCGACGACGCAGCGGGGGCUGCAGGCCGCCACACCGCCUCAUGCUAGUCAGGUGCCGCCGCAGGCAGAGAGUCUGUUGAUGCUGCUCAAGCAAUACCCGUGCAUGUGGCAAGGCCUUCUGGCGCUGAAAAACGACCAGGCGGCCGUCCAGAUGUACUUCGUUUCUGGUAACGAUGACGUCGCCAAGUGCAGUCUGCCCAAAAACACCGACGGAUCCACCCCGCCGCUGAGGAUCUUCCAGAGGAUGAGACUCGAGCCACCGCAAGUGGAGGGGGUGGCGAGAAAGAUGCAGAUGGAAAAUGAACACUGUAUGCUGUUGGCAUUACCUUGUGGGCACGACCACAUGGACGUGCUGAAACAAUCUACCAACCUGACCGGCGGAUUCAUAACCUAUUUGCAACAGAAACAGGCAGCCGGAAUUGUCAAUGUCGCCGCACCCGGUACCACCCAACCUCCUGCUUACGUCGUUCACAUAUUCCCAUCAUGUGACUUCGUCAACGAAAACUUGAGAAGAAUUGCUCCUAGUCUUCUAGAAAGGGUGGCAGAUAUCGCCCACCUUCUCAUAGUCAUAACUACAGUGUGA